CGGCUGCCGUCUUUCCUUCUGCGCCGCCGAGAUGGAUGCUGCAGCCGCGGGCAACAAGGAGCGGGAGGCCGUGCAGCUUCUGGCAGAGGCCGAGAAGCGGGUCAAGGCCUCCCAGUCCUUCCUCAGGGGGUUCUUCGGAGGAAAUACAAGGCUUGAAGAAGCAUGUGAAAUGUAUACAAGAGCUGCCAAUAUGUUCAAGAUAGCCAAAAAUUGGAGUGCUGCUGGGAAUGCCUUUUGUCAGGCAGCAAAACUCCACAUGCAGUUGCAGAGUAAGCAUGAUUCAGCUACCUGUUUUGUUGAUGCAGGGAAUGCUUACAAAAAGGCAGAUCCUCAAGAGGCUAUCAACUGCUUAAAUGCUGCCAUCGAUAUUUACACAGACAUGGGCCGAUUUACUAUUGCUGCCAAGCAUCACAUUACUAUUGCAGAGAUUUAUGAAUCUGAGCUGGUAGACAUUGAAAAGGCUAUUGCCCAUUAUGAACAAGCUGCAGACUAUUACAAAGGAGAAGAAUCUAACAGCUCUGCUAACAAGUGUCUGCUGAAGGUAGCCGGUUAUGCUGCUCAGCUGGAGCAAUAUCAGAAAGCAACUGAGAUUUUUGAACAGAUUGGUACAAGUACAAUGGAUAAUCCGUUGCUCAAGCACAGUGCAAAGGAUUACUUCUUUAAAGCAGCUUUAUGUCACUUUAUAGUUGAUGAGUUGAACGCAAAGCUGGCUCUUGAGAAAUAUGAAGAAAUGUUCCCAGCAUUCACAGAUUCAAGAGAAUGUAAAUUAUUGAAAAAAUUACUGGAAGCCCAUGAGGAACAAAAUUGUGAAGCAUACACUGAAGCAGUUAAAGAAUUUGAUUCAAUAUCCCGCUUGGAUCAAUGGCUUACAACCAUGUUGCUCCGCAUUAAAAAGUCCAUUCAAGGAGACAGCGAUGGGGACCUAAAGUGAACUGGCUGUGCAGCGUGUGGCAUUGUGACUUGUCUGUUGAAAUAUCCUGUGUCAUGGCCAAGGAUCAUUAUGGAAUACAUGAUCAAUGCUUUUUGCUUAAUUGACUGGUGUCUCGUUUAAUAUCCUGUUGUGGCUCAUUCAGUGUAACUGUGAACAUGAAUUUAUAUUGUUUUUCAUUUCUCAAGGGAGAGCUUAUGGACUGACCCUAUGCAUGUUUACUCAGAGGGGCAAGUCCCGCUAAGUUCAUGGAUCUUCCUCCCACAUAACUGAGCAUAGGACUGUGUACAUUAACUCUGAAGUAAGUCCUCAUGCAGCCAUAUUAAAACCCAGUCAGCUGAUAUGAAAUGAUACCCUCAUGAUAUGGUUCUCCACAUCUCCUGUCCUAUAAAUAGGGUUUUUCAACUUUAUUUAUUAUAGGAUCAUCAUAAAGGACACCACUUAUUGUAUAUUUUAAAAUAUUAACCAAUAUUAUGUUGUUUACAUGUGAUUUGCAUUACCACAGAUGCAACACAAUGAGUCACAACACUGAAUAGCACUGAGAUGGUAACCAAAAUCCAAAGUUAUCUUUACAAUGCAAUUCCAGGCAUGUUUCAGUGGAACUAGAUUGUGUGAAGUUUCAGUGAAGUUUCACAAUUAGGAAUAAGCCCCAAAAGGUGGCCUCAAGGGACCCAUUUGUGGCCCCUCUUGCACGCUCCUGCUGAUGCCUUCCCUGGUGGCAACAGAGCUGUUAGUCACCUAACUCCUGCCCUCCUGGACAUUUCCUGGCCAUCAGAAUCACUGUCACUGAGGAAUGACACAAAACAGAGUGGCUGUGUCAGCUGCCCACAGUAGCAGAGAUUGUAGCCCAUUCAUAAUGCCCUGAUCUGAAGGGUGUUUUGGAGCAAUGUUUGUACAGUAACCAGCUGGAGCAGCAAAACCUUCAGAAAAGCUGUGUGAUUUAGGUGUUGUGAAGUGGCUGCUCCAGCAGUGAGUCACGAAGGGACUGGACUCCAACUUGUUGCCCAAUUCGAUCCAUUGUCUGAAAUGAGACUUUCACAAUGGGACUGGAGUUAGCUCUGUAAGUCCCAUUUUGGGCAAAGAUGCUUUGGGUUGCAAGGUAAAGAGAACUUGAUUUUCAGAAGGUAUCCUAAAGGAUGUACAAAUUAUAACCUUGUGUUUAUUUUGAUGACAAGGAUGAAUCAGAAAUUAUUACUGUAUAUUAUAGUUAACAUUACUUGAGACUAGUGACAAUGGCAGAAUUCUUGAAACCAGACCAGGAGAUCUGGGACAAUAUGAGCCAUCCUCUGAAAUAAUCAAGAGAGUACAUUGGAACUGAUGUGAAUGAAUCAGUCGCAGCUCAUUCUUUCUCGGAGCUGCAAAAAUUUUGAUCAGGAUGCAUGUGAAUAUAUGAUGUCUGGAAGUUGGAAUUAUGUAAUUCACUUGAAAAGAAAAAUGAAAAGAUUUUUUUUUCCAGAAAUGCCCAUCACGCCCCCAGGAUAGACCUUUAAUCCAUGAGAGUGUAUAUCUUAUUUGUGAUAAAUGACACGAGGAAUUGUUGGAUCAAAUUCUAUUUAUACUGUUCAUUUUCUGUCAAUAUGGAUCUAAGUGAGAUUGUUUCAAUAGCUGCUGGCAGAAAAUAUGUCAUUUUGAUCUACACAGUAUGCAUGGGUGGGUAAAUAUUCAAUAGGCAUGUGAAAAUACAGAACAGUCUAGGUCUGCAGUAGCUAACAGCCUUUCAUAGCAUAGGAAACAAAUUGUUUUUCCGAAGUGUUUUUCUCAAGUCUGGUCCACACAUAUAGCAGAAUGAAGCAAUGGAAGCUUGAUAUGAUAAAGCUGACCAUCACAGCAGAUGAGAAGAGCAUACAUGUUGACAUUCCUUUACGUAUGGAUUCCCUUGGAGGGGAAAAUCAGCAUAGCCCAGCAGCCUAGAUCAUCUUUCUCCCCACUGCUCUUGGGUUUUGCUUUUUCCCUCUACAAUGGCAUCUCACCCUUAGAGAUACAGGUUAUUCUACCCACCUUCUUUUGCUGCUUAAUCAGACCUUUGACCUAGCUUGUCAUGUACUUUUACAAAGACUCUGUGCCCGUGUGUGUGUGUAUGUGUGUGCAUGUGUGUGUGUGUGUGUGUGUGAGAGAGAGAGAGUUACAUUCUUAGCUCUGCAGGUGACAUUCAUCUAUUUAAAGAAGUCUAGAUAGUAUCUACUGUGGUCAUACAAGGCCAGGAUAAGCAUAUUCCUGUUCCUCUUCUCACUGGCUUCCUCAUAUUGUUGCUACUCCUGAACAUUGUUGAAAAACAGUAACAAGCUGCUCCACCCUCAGCUUCAACAGUAUUUGCACCCUUAACUUACAUUCAGUUUAUGCUUUUGGCUAGGAGAGUAUUACAUUAGUGUUGCUUGGAUGGCAUUGGCAACGAAGCAGAGACGAUAGAAGGAACAGAGACAGCCAGUGGGUAGUAGAAGUGGAACAUAACACACACAUGUAUGAUAUGACUGUUGUACAGGGCUGGGUCUGCUGCAACCCACUCAAGUCUGGAUCUAAAGAGUGCUCCAGUGGGAGGUCAUUAGGGAAAGUGUGCUUCCUAGCAUUCCAGUAGGAGAAGAAAGGCAAGAUUGACCUCUGGCUAUUUUCUAGUUUUAUUUGUGGCACACAGACAUCUUUAUUAUUUAAUUAAGUCAUGCUGGUUUACCUGUAAAUAGAAGGUGGCUGUAACCAGUCAACUUUGCCUGAUAUUAAACAUCUAAGCAGCGUCAGACCUCUUAGUGCUUGGAAGGGAGACCAUGAGGAUAUCCCAGAGUUAUAAACUAGCCUGGGAAAUAGAAGAAAAUCCAGGAAGAAGGGAAUAGGAAAUUACUCCUUAUUCCUUGCCUCAUGAAACAUGGAAGUGACCAGUAGUGAUGAGGAAUUGAUCUCAACUAUAUUGGUAUCCCUGAAAAUGAUUUGUAAUGCAUUUUGCCACUACUGCUUUUCUGUGAGUGUAGUCACUAUAUUUAAAUUCAUCCACAUGCAGUUUGUUAAAAUGGGCUAUAGAAGUGGCUGAAUUUUGCUCUCCAAGGUCAGAGGGAGAGCUCCCGCCUUGGAAGGUAAAUCCAGUAUCUCGGUCUUCCUCCUCCUCUCCCCGUCACUAUCUAUGGUUGGAGGUUUCCAGUGUUGGAAAACCCUUAUGUUGGACAGGUCUAAAAGCACUGUGUAAUGAGUGUUGGGCUGGGAGGGACCAUCCAGGAAAAUAGAGAUGCAAAUGUGACUCGGGUUUCCUUCUACCUUGUUCAACUAUAUCACUGGACAUGUUGGACUGCCCCAGUCUUAGUGUAAAAUUGCAUUUCAUGUCAUUUCAUCAACUGAAAACGUUCACUUGAGAGCAAGACCACAUUUUUUUGAAUAAAUGGCUCUGGUUUCCUAAGAUCAAUAUGGACACAAUAUCAAGUUUGGAUUGCUCUCCAAAUAGUUCUCUGAAUAGAACUCCUGUAUGUCCAUUGUACACAAAUGCUUUCCCAUGCAGUGUGAACUUUUUCCCCCCACCAGAAUGCCAGUGCCACUGUUGCUCACUUGGUGGUGCCACUCACUUAUUCUGGGUGCUUCUGCGUAUGUGGCUGGGUUGCUUGGGCUCACUCCUCCCAACCAUGCGGAUGCCAUUUCUUCAAGCUAAAAACAAUUGUUUGGUGCAUGCGUGUGCUUUGUGUGCCAGGAUUAGAGGAUAUGAGCCAAUGUUUAGCAGUGUUUAGGACCAUUGCUAUAGGUUUCAACAAAAAGUUUCAUCUGGUAGGCUUUGGAAAUAUUUCAAAUAAAAAUCCACCAUGUUGUGAAAUAUUCAGUGUUGAAGAGAUACUGUAGACAUGCUUAUAUUCAGUCACUGACAGAUUACAGUCACCAUAUAGAUUGGUAUCAUAGCUUAGAAAUCUGUGAAAUUAUCCUGGGUGCACACUUAGUAAAUUCAUUAUUGCUUGUUUGUAACACAAUGCCUAUAAGUGGCAUAACUUGGUCAAUUCUCUUGCAUUUUUAUUUGUCUUAAAUGCUGGAAAAUGUUACUCUCUCCUAACAGCUGUAAGGUUGCAACCACCAGAGUUCUUGGCAUCAUCUUUAACUGAAGGAGCUGUUACUCCAUUUAGGGAAGACUUCAUCUGUUUGCAUUGCUUAUUGUUGGCAGUGUCAUUAAACCAGUUUGCUACCCACUGUGAAGACAAAGUGUGUUUUUACUAAUGCUAUUUUUUUUUCUCUCCAUAGGAGAUUGUCAGGCUGGUACAAUGUCAUAAGAAGUAGUUAUCAAAUAAUUAUCAGGGCUGCGCAGAGAUCUAGAUUUGAAGGACAAAAUGGAAUUCAGAGCAUGUACUGGCAUGCACGUAGCACCUCUCCCAAAAACUGAACACAACCACGACUUUUCCCAGGCGCACAUGACUGCCCUUAGCAGAUUAUACUUGAUCUUAGGAAAAAAAUGUUUGGUUUAAGAUAUUCCCUGCAGAUGCCAAGUGUGCCCCAGAUCACAUUUUGCCCUGUACUUCCAAUUCUUUGCAGUCCUAAUAACUGUCAGCCCAGCAUAUAAUUUUGGUAAAUAGAAAAAUUUACUCAGAAGUUGAACAAUGACUUAU